AAAACAAGUGAAAUGUAUAAUUGACUAAAAACAGAAGCAAUCAAAAAUGCCGAGAAGCCUUCAACAACACAAACCUCAAUUCACCACCUUAGCUCUCAGGCUCUCUUCUUUCUUUCUUCUCUUGGUUCUGUCUAACCAAAGCCACCAUGUCAAAGCUAAUAUUUUCAUCUAUUCAGACUGCUCUGAAGGAAAGUACCAGCCAAAUUCUCCCUACGUAACCUACCUCAACACUUUACUAUCUUCAGCAGUAAACUCAGCCUCUCAGUCUCUUUACAACAGCUUUGCUCUCGGGAAUGAUAGCUCAGCACCAGCUGAAGCCUCGAUAUAUGGUUUAUACCAGUGUAGGGGUGAUUUGGAAACAAAGGAUUGUGCAACAUGCAUGGCAAGUGCGGUUAACCAAAUUAAUCUGGUUUGUCCUUACACUUACGGAGCUAUUUUGCAACUUGAUGGCUGCUUUCUCAGAUAUGAGCACAUAGAUUUUCUCGGUAACCCGGAUACAAGUCUUAGGUACAAGAAGUGUGGCAAAAGUGCAAGCAGUGAUGCAGAGUUCUUGAGGAGAAGAGAUGCUGUUCUUGCUAAUAUGCAGGGUUCUAUAAGUUUUAGGGUGAGUACUUCGGGCUUAGUUGAAGGCUAUGCACAGUGCAUAGGUGACUUGAGUGAGGCAGACUGUUCUUCUUGUUUAGCUGAUGCUGUUGUGCAAUUGAAGAGUUUGUGUGGAUCAUCUGAGGCUGCAGAUGUCUUUUUAGCACAAUGCUAUGCUAGGUAUUGGGCAUCUGGAUAUUACGAUUCCUCAGAUUCUUCCCAUGGCAACGAUGACGAAGUAGGAAAAACAGUAGCAAUCAUCGUGGGAAGCGUAGCGGGCUUUGCCGUACUCAUUGUUCUUAUUUCGUUUUGCCGAACGGCUGUCCAUUAAUGAAGGACCUCUAUUCCAAGAAUUGCAAAGUUGGCCACGCUGCUGGAUCUGGACAAGAGCGCUUAUGUUCUCUAAGGAUUCUUGUCAGUUGUGACAACAUUUUGCCCUUUAGCUUUUAGGCCUUUCCUUGACCCGUUUAAAAACCAAUACCCAAUGGUAAUGCAGGAAAAAGGAUUCUUGUACCCCAUCUUCAUCUUGGUUGUGGUAUAACUAAGUACCAUAUAUUCUAAAGUUGCAUGCACCACUACUAUGAGUCUUAUCUUCAUCAAGGGUAAG